GCUGGCUCCAUUAAUUCGAAGGCCAAUUUGGUACGACUUACACUUCCUCUGAUUGACACAUCAUGAGCCCGUCGUCCGAAAACGUACCUUCGAUAGACACUUCCACAUGUUGCACGAUAUCUGCAGUUGAAUCAUCUUGAAGUAAAUAAAUGCCAGUAUCAUCUGAAGUCAAUUCAUGCCAAGUUCAAGGACUGGUCUCCGUUCCGACCAUAGCAAUAAUGCGUGACAAGCAUUGACAAGAGAAAUAUCUGUUCAACCGGAACAGCCACCAUGCCCCUAAUCCAAAGUUGUUUAGACACAAUCUUAUGGUAACUUCGAAGAAAAUAUCAAUUCUCGAGUAUGAGUCCCAGGCUAAUAUCUGGUUUGUUCGUUUGAAAUUUCAUACGUGAAUUCACGAAAUCCAGGUGCGGUCUAUCAUGAUGCUCGGUGCAGCCGUUAUCCUAGCUGAUGUCUCAAAGCUAUCUUCUACCAGCCUCAUGAUAGGUGAUCACUAGUAUCAUAUGUUAUCAUGAGAACUGACGAUCUCAAGCGAGGAGGCUUCGAAUAGACGCAGUGGUGUCGCCAUUUGUGCUUGUAGUGGAACCGCUACUCGAGUAAAUCCGCUUUAAAGCCGACAUUGGUUCAGGAACAAGCUCGGUUCGGCGACACUUUAUCCCAUCUUGGCCUUGCCCACCAAUCAGCGACUGGACCCUGACGACGCUGCUUCAGGGGGAUGAGUUUAGUUACAGAUAGCUGUCCUUUCUGAUUGCGGCUGUCAGCGCAACGAAGCGACGACAUCGAGACAACAAAUUCCCGGUCGACUCUCGAACGAAUCCCUCAAGACCACUGAAACCGGUUUCAAUUGGUUUCCAGUCCUUCGACCGUUAUUUCACCGAGGCAUGCGGCAAUAGGCUCAAAUACCUUUGCGCAUUUGCUGUUGAUCAAGUGGCUCUCGACCAUAAUUUGCGACGGGACCGAUUUCGCGACGUCACAACAUCGAAACAGCUUUCAUUGUAUAUAUUCGAGCUAGCGGGACUAGAAGACUUUUGCAACAAUGAUGAACGGAAUGGAAAAGUCAGAUUAUGACGAGGACAGGUUUGGUCCUAAGGAGGGAAGCUUGGUCAGCGCUUUCGAUGCAUUCCGUAUGUCUCUCAUUGCUGCUGGCUUUAUGUGCGCGCUAACUUUUGACAGCCAAAUCGAAGCCGCAAUACAUCCAACGAACAUCGGGAGGUGGAAAAUGGACAGUCGCCGUGUCUAUCAUCUCACUUGUCCUCAUCUGGGGCGAACUCGGUCGCUGGUGGCGCGGCGCAGAGUCUCACAACUUCGAGGUCGAGGCUGGUGUUUCGCGAGAGCUUCAGAUCAACAUGGACAUCGUGGUGAAGAUGAACUGCGACGAUAUCCAUGUUAAUGUCCAGGAUGCGUCUGGCGAUCAUAUCCUAGCUGCUAAGCGUCUCAAGGCUGAUAGGACACUCUGGAGUCAAUGGGUCGACAACAAGGGCAUGCACAAGCUCGGGCGGGAUAGCCAAGGCCGCGUCAACACUGGCUCUGGAUAUAACGAGUUGGGAUAUGAAGAUGAGGGUUUCGGCGAGGAGCACGUUCACGAUAUUGUUGCGCUUGGCAAGAAGAGGGCCAAGUGGGCAAAGACACCCAAGUUCAGGGGCAAUGCCGACAGCUGUCGUAUCUAUGGAAGUUUGGACUUGAACAAGGUGCAGGGUGAUUUCCAUAUCACUGCGCGAGGCCAUGGUUAUCGGGGUAACGGCGAGCAUCUCGACCACAGCAAGUUCAACUUCUCGCACAUCAUUUCGGAGCUUUCAUACGGCCCAUUCUACCCGUCGCUGGUCAACCCUCUCGACGGCACCGUCAACACAGCUCCCGACAACUUCCACAAGUUUCAAUACUACCUCUCUGUUGUGCCUACUGUGUACAGCGUCAACUCAAAGUCCAUCCUUACCAACCAAUAUGCCGUUACCGAGCAGAGUAAGGCGGUCGACGAGCGAUAUAUCCCUGGUAUUUUCUUCAAGUACGAUAUCGAGCCAAUCCUGUUGACCGUUCACGAGAGCCGCGACGGCAUCAUUAGCCUGUUGGUCAAGGUCAUCAACAUCAUGAGUGGUGUUCUCGUUGCUGGACACUGGGGUUUCACAAUCAGCGAUUGGAUCCACGAUGUGAUCGGUCGACGACGACGCAGUAACGGUGGUGUUGGUGUUUUGGGAACCAAGGAGGGCUUUGAUCAGUAGAUGGAUGGAUAAGGAGUACAAGCAUGUAGCAUACAGCGCUGAUACAGAGCCAAGCAGAAGGAGUUAUGGCUUGGGGUUAUACACAACUGAUUUAUGGAGUUUAGGUUAAAACAUGGGAAUUCGGGUUUAGCAUAAGAGAAUUGAUAACAAAUUUGCAUAAACCAGUAGCCAAUGUUUGUGAAUUUGCCAAGAUGUUCAGUUUGACUACCCUGUAAAGCACUCGGUGAUAAUUCGUCUGCUCGAAGCAAGGAUGCAUUAUUGAAUGUGGCUUAAAAGAGCGCAAAGCCAAACGCCUCUUCUCUACAACAAAGAACCAAUCCUUGUAUUCUCCAUCCCUGGAGUUGUGCUUUUGCCCGAUCUCAUAAGACUGUCGUAUUGAAAACGCCGCCAUG